UUAUUUUUGUUGCUUAAAGCUUGCCCUCUUCUCUUAUCCUCUCUCUCUCUCUCUUUCUUUCUUUUCUUUUUCACAAAAGAGAAAACAACUCAGCUGCCAGCUCCCAUCUGAAAGGAAUUUCAUGCUCCACAAAAGAGAGAAAGAAAAGAGAAAGAAGACCCACUAGGCCACCACUGAGUGAUAGAAUUUAGGGUCAGCUACAGAUCAUGUACUAGGAGAAAAAAUAAAAAAUAAAAAAUAAUAAUAAAGGAAAAAAAAAAUAGUCCCAUAUGAUCAUGGAAGCUGAAAAUGGGAUCCGCAGGCCUAAUUUUCCACUACAAUUGUUAGAGAAAAGGGAAGAAGAAGCGUGCUCAAGCUCUGGCUACACUUCCUUAGUCGUAACCGGAACCACCGGCGGUGUCGGCGGCGAAACGAGCUCAAACCAAAUCCGACAGUGUUCAGGUGUUCAAGCUCCAGAGCCAUCAAAAAAGCCACCUCCAAAAAGGACCUCUACCAAAGAUAGACACACUAAGGUCGACGGCCGAGGACGUCGGAUCCGUAUGCCCGCUACUUGUGCCGCUAGGGUUUUUCAGUUGACUAGAGAAUUGGGUCACAAAUCAGACGGUGAAACCAUUGAGUGGUUGCUACAACAGGCCGAGCCCGCGGUGAUCGCCGCCACCGGGACCGGUACCAUACCCGCUAACUUCACGUCGCUUAAUAUCUCCCUCCGGAGUUCAGGCUCUAGUAUGUCUGCACCUUCACACCUGAGGAGCUCUUAUUUUAGCCCCAGCCACUUCGCGGCCUCGCAGUUCAGGUCGCGAACAGAUUGGGAGAGGACUAUGAUGGAUGAGUCUCAAAGAAGGGUUUUAUUUCCUGGUUUUGGAUUGUCCUCGUCUUCGGAGAAUUCGUCUUCGUCUUCGUCGAUGUUAUUGAAUUUCAAUUCCGGUAAUGUGAAUGCCAUGUUGCAAGCUAAGCAAGAGCUGCGUGAGGCUGCAGGGCUAGAUGUUUCGGAAACUGAGGUAAGUAUAGGAAGAAAGCGGAGGCCGGAGCAGGAUUUGUCGUCGCAAAAUCCGUCGGGGAAUUACUUGUUGCAGUCUAGUACAGGUUCGAUUCCGGCGAGUCAUAGUCCUACUCCGGCGACGUUUUGGAUGGUUACCAAUCCUAGUAACCAAGGGAUGGGUGGUGCUCACGACCCCAUGUGGGCAUUUCCUAAUAUUGGUAAUUCUAAUUUGUAUAGAGGGUCUAUGUCAAAUGGGCUACAUUUUAUGAAUUUUCCACCUCCAAUGGCCUUAUUGCCGGGUCAACAAUUGGGUUCGGGAAUCGGCGGCGGCAGCGGCGGCGGCGCCGACAGCCACUUGGGUGUUCUUGCCGCUUUGAAUGCGUAUAGGCCAAUUCUGAGUGGUGGUGAGGCCGAAUCUCCGGCCAGGGGACAGCAUCUUCAUCCCGGAGGAGACGAUGGACAUGAGACAAGCACCAGCUAAUGAAUCAUCCUUCCUAGAUCAAAUAACAAGUUUUCCUCAACACUAGGAUGGAGGAGCCCACAUAUACGUGUUACAGCUUUUCAGGUGGCACUCAUCAUGAUCAGGAUUCAGGAUUCUGAAGCACCAGCGCUGGCAUUGCCUAAAACCAGUGGACAGUCGCUGACUACAUUCUUCCUCUUUUUUCUUCAUAUAUAUAAGGUGACUGCCUUGGUACCACAGAAAUUGAUGGUAGAUAGGUGUUAAAUGGUUUCUGCAAAAUUUGCCAUCUUUCAAAUUCAUCUGGAUCGUUCAUUAGUUCCUUUUUUUUUUUUUUUUUUUUGGGUACUGAUAU